GGUAAAAGAACGCGACGAAUCACUGACCAAAAUGAAAUCUGAACUGGAAAAUAUUGAACAAAUUGGUGAUGAAAGGAAAAAUCAAAUAAUGAAAAUGCUUAAAGAAAUUUCAAAUGUGCGCGAAAAACUGGAUUUACAAAUAGGUCGUUCAAUGCAACUGGAAGCAGAGUUAACACGUGUAAAGUCAGUGAAUAACCAACUGGAAACAGGCAUUCAAGAGAUGACUAAACAAAGUCUGACAAAUGCACAAACAAGUGCUACAGAAAUUCGUGCCCUGCAAGAAGAAAAACACUCCGUGCAUACUGCUCAUCAAUUAGAAAUUAGUCUGUUGAAAAAGGAUCUAAAUCAACUGACUAAUGAAAAUUCAGAGUAUAAGAAAGAAAUCACUCGGUUGCAAAAUAAGAUUACUGAACUAAAAGAUGAAAUUACACAGUGUAAAAAUGCUUCUCAAAAUAAAACAAAUAUUCUACAAGAAAAAGAUGGACAAAUUCAGUCGCUUACUCAUGAGCUUGAAACCUGCAAUCGGGAGUUAGAGACUCAAAUUAAUUCAGUUUCACUGCUAAAGUCUGAACAGAAAAUGAUUCAAAGUUCAUUUGAAGAAAAGUUUAAACAACUGGAUACCAUACAUAACCAAAAACAAAGAGAAGUCGAAAUAUUAUCACUGGAUUUAAAUCAAGCUAAGGAACAGCUAACACAUAAUCGUAAAUCUUUAGAAUUAUUACAAAAUGAACUAGCAUCAAGUCGUACAAUGCUAAUAAAAGCAAGGGAAGAAAUAGUGAAACGAUCACGUAACGAAGAACAGUUAGAGAAGUCACUUCAACGUUUAAGAGUUGAAGUAGAGCAAAACCAAUGUGCAUAAAUCAGCAGCCGAAAUGGCUAGCAAAACAGCAGUUGCUAAUUCUCAAGAACUUGAAACUCAGUUAGAAUCCUGUAGAAAUUCAAAUAUGGCUAUUCAAGCACGUCUACAUGAAGUAGAGAAAGAGCUGAGUGAAACCAAGUUAAUCAAACUACAACUGGAAGAAAGAUUGAGCAAAUUAACAGAAAAUUUACAAAUAGCACAAAAACAAGUGAAGAGAAACACGCACAAGUAAUUGUUUCCGUCUACCAAAAGUAAAGUAACUAUGGAACAUCGAUUUAUAACACUACGAUUCUAGACACAUAACAGUUAAAUUGAUUUCCAGAUUAAUAACUAUUGGCCGUAUGCCGCUGUUAACGGUGAUCACAAUUUUGUUCGAAAACUUCAUUAUAGUCACUGAAGUAAGUAACACUGAGUGACUCUACUGUCCACAGCUACCGUCUUAAAU